CAUACAAUCAGUCUAACCGGCACGGCCUAGCGAAGUAGACAUUUCUGUACCGCUCUCAAACCCUUUACCAGCUCUUUUUUUUAACCACCACCAUCACUGAACUUUUUGAGGGGAAACAACUCAGUGAUCAGAGAAAUUGCAGAGAAAAAUUUUCACUUCUGAUCUAUCAUCUGGAGCUUAUACUGCUACCCUUAUGGAGAAGGAUAAUAACGAAAACCACCAUCAAGAACACUAUUUCGAAGGCGUGGAGAAGCUUUUGGAAGUCUGGUUCACUCGGAAAGAUGGCGCUAUCCAACAUUGCGAUCUUCGCAAAGUCCCCAGGGAAAAAUGGGUGAGUAUGCUCAAGAUCGUUCGCUGUGAGAUCAUCAGCAUGACACGUAACGAUACUAUCGACGCUUACGUGCUCAGUGAGAGCAGCAUGUUCGUUUCGAAACGUCGAAUCAUCUUGAAGACCUGUGGUACUACCACCCCACUGCUCUGCUUGAAAUCUCUGCUUUACCUCGUCCAACGUUACGCCGGUUACGACGAGGUUCAGGAUUUGUUCUACUCGCGCAAAAAUUACAAGCGCCCGGAAUUGCAGCAGGAACCGCACCGCACUUUCGCGGACGAGGCCGCCUUACUGGAUGCCAUGUUUCACGAUGGUGCGGCCUAUUGUUUGGGAGCGGUGAAUCGCGAUUGCUGGUACUUGUAUACACUCAACCCGUACGCCUCUCCGGCCGGUCACUCACUGAGUGCCCUGCUGGCCGGCGCUGCCGAUGGCGACGAUGGAUUCGGAGCCUCGGAUGGCGAGGAGGGGACUGACGGAAGCAGCAGUGAUGGCGGCUGCGAUGGGAUCGAAGAUAGUGGUAGCGAUGGAGCUGAUAGCAGCGAUGAUAGCUUGGAUUUGCGUACCAUGAAUCUGUCGGGUCUUAACAAGAGGAAUGUCUCCCAACGCUAUUCCAUCAGUUUGGGAGGUGGACGUGGUUCAAGCACUUCGGAAGCGGAUCAAACUCUAGAGAUCAUGAUGAGUGAUUUGGAUCCGGAAGUCAUGAAAAAUUUCACCAAGCAAUUCUCCGCCAACGCGGCUGAAGCUACGCAGAAAUCGGGUAUCGACAAGAUUCUACCCAAUGUAACCAUUGAUGAUUAUUUGUUUGAUCCUUGUGGCUACUCGAUGAACGGUGUUCUGAAAAACGUUGGUUUUUCUUGGGUUUUUAAUUUAGAAAAAAUUAAUUUGACCUUUGUUUUAUCGACUUAUCAGGGCGAAUAUAUGACCAUCCACAUUACUCCGGAAGCCAAGUUUUCUUACGUUAGUUUUGAGAGCAAUAUCCCGCAAUCAUCUUACAUGGACGUGAUUGCCCGCGUUCUCGAAACUUUCCGCCCUGGCAAGUUUAUCGUCACUUCAUUCGCAAACAAGGCAUCGGUGGUGGAAGAUACGCACAAAGAUUUAUUGAACGCCGACAUUUUGAGUGAAUUUAAGCGUCGUGACAUUCAGUACUGCCAUCUCAAGAACUACGACCUGACCUACGCUCUUUAUUCCAAAUUUCCCAGCUGAGUUUGGCGGGAACCCAGACCCCAUGGAUCUGGGUGCAUCUCCCAUAUCGCCUCGGAAAUCCUUCUCCCUUUCCUUUUCCCCUCUCCCUUUCUUCUUUGCUUCUUUUUCUUCUUUUGUCUUCUGUCAUCUUUGGCGUCACCCUCAUCUUUCAAUGCCGCGUCGCUUCGUACUCCUCCUACUACUUCACGUCGCGCGGUUCGUUUCGGGGUGAAUGGACGAUUCCAGUUAUUCAGCUAUACGGUCAAGACGCUCAUCGUGGUUCUCCAUCAAGAGAAGGAUCAACUCUAUCGUUUGGUUCUGCCCUCAGAUUUGGUUCUCUUUUGCUGGUGGCGCACCAAGAUCUCCUAAUGUCGACUUCAAUGUACUAUUAUUAAACCGAGUAGUGAUUUUAUAAGAGCAUACGGUGGGUAAAAAGAUGUCAUACAUUUUAUGAUUAUCUACAUUGAGAGUCGCAUAUGAGGGUGACUUGGCAGUUAAACCGGCCGAUUAUACACCAAACCGACAGCCACCAUCUUUUCCACUUUUCAACGACGGCAAAAAUUAGGUGGAUCUAACCGAAAGAGAAUUCAAAACGCCAAUAUUACAAUACGUGGUAGCGUCUUUUUUGCUUGCCUGUUACUUACACUCUGUUUUUACACACCCCCCUCUCUUACACCCAAACCCCCCCUCCUCCAACCCAUAUCUUCUGAUGAAGACAAUUUAAAAAAUCUUCCGAGGCGAAAACGGAAGAUGUAUUCGGAUCGAUUUGUUGACGACUUGGCUCUUUGUUACACCCGAUAUUUAUAUCUUUUGGUGUUUUUCAUCAUAAUCCCUUUGAUUUACGAAAUUAUGCAAAUGUCAUGAGAAGAAAUACUGUUGGCCUUUUACAUGUAGUAAUGAUUACGGGCCUCAUAUUUUGUUGGAUGAUGUUACAUUUCAUAUUACUUUUCCAAUCUAGGUUUUCUCGCUCUCAGCAGCGUAUCUACCUUUUUCAAUUUUUUACCUUAUCCAUGAAAUAUUCAAUACGAGGUUUUGGUUGUACCUUACAAAAACUGAAUGCAUUAUGUAUUGCGUGUUCAGAAAUAAAAUACACUCUUCAAUCACAAA